AUGCGCGAAGUGAUAUCAGUACACGUGGGCCAAGCUGGUGUUCAAAUUGGAAAUGCUUGCUGGGAAUUGUUUUGUUUGGAGCACGGGAUUCAACCUGAUGGACGUAUGCCAUCAGAUAAACAGAGCCAAAUUGACGACUCGUUCUCAACAUUCUUCUCAGAGACGGGGACUGGUCGUCAUGUCCCGCGAGCAAUUAUGGUUGAUCUGGAACCAACAGUAGUAGAUGAGAUCAGAACCGGAACAUACAAGCAGCUUUUUCAUCCUGAGCAGAUGGUCACCGGUAAAGAAGAUGCUGCGAAUAAUUAUGCACGAGGACAUUACACAAUUGGGAAAGAAGUGAUUGAUUUGGUACUUGACCGCAUCCGACGUUUGGCUGAGAAUUGUACUGGUUUACAGGGUUUCUUGAUUUUCCACUCGUUUGGUGGCGGAACUGGUUCGGGUUUUACGUCACUGUUGAUGGAACGAUUAUCUGUUGACUACGGUAAAAAGAGUAAAUUGGAAUUUUCGAUAUAUCCAGCUCCGCAAGUUUCUACCGCUGUUGUAGAACCAUACAAUUCUAUACUUACGACCCAUACUACUCUUGAACAUUCUGAUUGCGCGUUUAUGGUUGAUAACGAAGCUAUUUAUGAUAUUUGCCGUCGCAAUUUGGAUGUUGAGAGACCAUCGUACACAAAUCUUAAUCGGCUCAUUUCGCAGGUUGUGUCGUCAAUAACUGCCUCCCUUCGGUUUGAUGGUGCCCUGAAUGUGGAUCUUACGGAGUUCCAAACAAAUUUGGUACCUUAUCCUCGUAUUCAUUUCCCUUUGGCUACUUAUGCACCUGUUAUAUCUGCGGAGAAAGCAUAUCAUGAAUCUCUCUCAGUAGCAGACAUCACAAAUGCAUGCUUUGAACCAGCUAAUCAGAUGGUUAAAUGCGAUCCUCGACAUGGGAAGUAUAUGGCGGUAUGCCUUCUUUAUCGUGGUGAUGUUGUACCGAAGGAUGUGAAUGCUUCCAUCGCUAGUAUUAAGACGAAGCGUACCAUUCAGUUUGUUGACUGGUGUCCAACAGGUUUCAAAGUUGGCAUAAAUUAUCAGCCACCUACAGUUGUUCCUGGUGGUGAUCUGGCAAAGGUACCUCGUGCUGUUUGUAUGCUUGCGAAUACGACGGCAAUAGCGGAAGCGUGGGCAAGACUUGAUAACAAAUUUGAUUUGAUGUAUGCAAAGAGGGCUUUCGUGCAUUGGUAUGUCGGAGAAGGCAUGGAAGAGGGAGAGUUUUCAGAAGCGCGAGAGGAUUUGGCAGCUCUCGAGAAGGACUAUGAAGAGGUGGGAAUUGAUUCGUUGGAAGGUGAAGGCGAAGGCGAAGAGUACUGA